ACAUCGCGCGGAUGCAAACGACACAUCGCACCAUAAUCGCGAUAAACACUCUCAAUAAUAUGUGCGCCACUUGCGUGCAUUUCAGCAGUCGAUUCUGUGCGGAUUUCUCAGUUUGACGUUUUGUGAUCGACGCAUUUAUGCGAUGAUUGCGGAGUUAAACGCGUGUAAUCGCGACCAAAAGGAGUGGUGCGAUUUUAAUUCGCAUUGUAUCGACGCCCAUUAUCCGAUCUGAACACGGGCCGAUGCCUGCCAUGCCGCCUCCAUCAGACAUCGUGAAGGUGGCCAUCGAGUGGCCCGGUGCAAAUGCUCAACUCAUUGAAUUUGACCAGAAGAAGCCGCUGGCGUCCAUCAUUAGGGAAGUGUGUGAUGGAUGGUCUCUGUCGAGUUCAGAGCAGUUCGCCCUGCGUUACGCUGACGGGCCACAGCUCUACAUCACUGAACAGAGCCGCGGUGAUAUUAAAAACGGCACCAUCCUCAGACUGGCCAUCUCUCCUAUGCGAGCGGCUCGACAGCUGCUGGAGCGCAUCCAGUCUCAUGGGAUUGACGCGCGUCUGGAGGCUCUGAAAGAGCUGGCCAAACUCUCUGCUGACCCCACGUUCGCCACAGAGUUCAUUAACAUGGAAGGCCUGGCGACGCUGGCACGGCUGGUGGAGAGCGGCACACAUUUUGGAGAGAUGUUGGCCUUCACUCUCACAGCGUUUCUGGAGCUCAUGGAUCAUGGCAUCGUGUCCUGGGAUCUGAUUUCUGUGUCCUUCAUCAAACAGAUCGCGGGAUACGUGAACCAGCCCAUGGUGGACGUGUCCAUUCUGCAGCGCUCACUGGCCAUCCUGGAGAGCAUGGUGCUGAACAGCCACAGCCUGUACCAGCGGGUGGCGCAGGAGACCCCUGUGGCACAGCUCAUCGCACACCUGCAAGUGUCCAAUCAGGAGAUCCAGACGUACGCCAUUGCCCUCAUCAACGCCCUGUUCCUCAAAACCCCAGAGGACAGACGCCAGGAGAUGGCGAGUACACUGGCUCAGAAACACCUCCGUGGCAUCAUACUCAAUCACAUCAUCCGAGGGAAUCGACCGGUCAAAGCUGAAAUGGCACAUCAGCUGUACGUGCUUCAGGUUUUGACCUUCAACCUUCUGGAGGAACACAUGAUGACCAAAAUGGACCCAAAUGACCAGACACAAAGAGAUAUCAUCUUUGAACUCAGACGAAUUGCGUUUGAUGGAGACAAUGAUCCCAGUGGAACAGAAAAGAGGAAAGCCAUCUACACUAAAGACUACAAGAUGCUGGGCUUCACUAAUCCUGUGAAUCCUGCAAUGGAUUUCACUCAGACACCCCCGGGAAUGUUGGCACUAGACAACAUGCUUUACCUUGCCAAAGUGCAUCAGGACACAUAUAUCAGAAUUGUUCUAGAAAACUGCAGUCGAGAAGAUAAACAUGAGUGUCCAUUUGGCCGCUCUGCCAUUGAGCUGACGCGCAUGCUGUGUGAUAUUCUCCAGGUUGGAGAACUGCCGAAUGAAGGGUGUAACGACUUCCAUCCCAUGUUUUUUACCCACGAGCAUGCUUGGGAAGAGUUUUUCUGCGUCUGCAUACAGCUGCUCAAUAAGACAUGGAAAGAAAUGAGGGCCACUGCAGAAGAUUUCAACAAGGUGAUGACGGUGGUGCGGGAGCAAAUCACUAGAGCUCUGGCCAUGAAACCGCCGUCUCUGGAGCAGCUGCGGGUCAAACUGCGCAGUCUAAGCUACUCGGAGAUCCUGCGUCUGCGUCAGUCAGAGAGAAUGAGUCAGGACGACUUCCAGUCGCCUCCUAUAAUUGAGCUGCGUGAGCGGAUCCAGCCAGAGAUUCUGGAGCUGAUCAAACAGCAGCGACUCAAUCGUCUGUGUGAGGGAAGUUGCUUUCGCAAACUCGGCAACAGACGGAGACAAGAGAAGUUCUGGUUCUGCCGUCUGUCGUUAAAUCACAAAGUCCUGCACUACGGAGAUCUGGACGAGUCUCCGCAGGGUGAAGUGCCGUUUGAACUGCUCACCGAUAAGAUUCCCGUGUCGGACAUUAAAGCAGUGCUGACGGGGAAAGACUGUCCGCACAUGAAGGAGAAGAGCGCACUCAAGCAGAACAAGGAAGUGUUAGAGUUGGCAUUUUCCGUCCUCUACGAUCCUGACGAGGCUCUCAACUUUGUGGCACCCAGCAAAUACGAGUAUUGCAUCUGGACAGAUGGGCUGUCUGCGCUCUUGGGGAAGGAGUUGGGAAGCGAUCUCACACGAAGUGACCUUGACACAUUAAUGAGCAUGGAAAUGAAGCUCCGCCUCCUCGAUCUGGAGAAUAUCGCCAUCCCUGAGGCUCCGCCCCCUGUGCCCAAAGAGCCCAGCACUUACAACUUCACCUACAACUAUGGAUGAGAUGUCUGUCCGUUCAACCAGAGCUUGUGUUUUCUGUGUCUUGCACUCUUCAGAGGUGAAGUGUGUCAUUUGUCUGUCACUAAGAUACUUUCCUGCUGGUUUCACGUUCAGAGUCACAUUGGUAGUUUGACUUGCUGAAGAGUGAAACCCUGUGAUGCUUGUUUCAGCCUCCCAACACGAAAACUUCUGACAUGACCAGUAGAGUUCAAGAUGGACGAAAGUGUAGAAAUGACACAGUUCACCUCUAUACUAGUGUAUGUGCCUGAACAUGAACUAGUCUUGGUUACGAGAGUAUUUUUUCAGUCCUUUUUCAAAUGUUUGUAAGUCAGAAAAACAAAUGGUUCUUCUGUCUUCAAGUAUUUGAUUUUAAAUGAGAAAAGCAGAAACAGCAUCUUAAACAUCAUUCUGUGUUUAGAUAUUGUAAAGCAUCUACUCCCAUGUGUGAUGUGAUGUUAAAUGCUUAUAUGAGUAACUCAACUGAACAGUUAGUAACUUUGUACACCCCACAGAUCUGUCUGCAGAUAACUAAUAUUUACUGACGUUUGCUUUUGUCAAUAGAAAUAUAUUUUUGUACUUGAUGUGAAAGACACUAUAUGGUCUGCAUGAAACGGUGGAAAGCAAGCGAGUGCAAGAAUAUGGAAACGUUUUGUGACUCGUAGACUGAACAGGAUGAAGGCCUGCAACUGCAAUAUAAAAAAUCCAUUCAAAAGUCUUGUAGCAACUAUAUGUGAAAAUAGCCAUACGAGUUCAUAGAUUUAGACACUUAUUUGGUGAUUUCUUUGUUACAGUACUCAAACAUGACUGCUCAGUCCGUUUAGCUGGAAAUAUUUACACGUUUAUCUUCUGUCUGUGCGUUCAUAUUUGCUUGCCAUAAUGUAAGGUUAUUCUGUGUGAAAACAGGACGAACCCAUAGAUGGAUUGCUGACAGAGGUGUGAUGUUUUUCAGAUUUGCUUCAUGCUACAGCUGGUAGUUUCUGAACGUUUUAGUGGGCAGGUAUCAGUUUCGGGGUUGAAAUGUUGUACACACUAUAAAUAUAUAGUGCCUUCAGAAGGUAUCGAUUCCCUUUUUAUUUCUCAUUGCUUUAAAGGUCAUUUUAAUUAAGUUUUUAUUUUUUAUAUUUUUUUUUG